AGAAAUUGAAUGCGUCCAAAGUUGCAAAUGGAAAUCAUAACAUAACCUAACUAACUUAAUCAAAGAAGAAAUUUUUGAUUUGUGCAAACUACAAUUAUUUUCUCACUUUUUACAGCAAACAGCAUCAUAGCACAAGCAGAAAAUCUACAACAUAGCCUCACAUUCUUUAUUCGUUUAAGUUUUAAUAGAUCAUUUCUUCCUUAAGUAAUGUAUAAUUAUAAGAAGUCGUACAAUUCAUCAAAAAAUGGUGCCAGUUCUUACUAUAGCAAUAAGUCGAAGGACACAAAAUUGUCAACAACCCGUUUUCGACCAGAUGAGACUUACCCAAUGGAUAAUGAAAAUCGUACACCAUUCUUUCCGGUUGUUAAACAAAGCGAUAACACUCAAUGCCUACCCAGAUAUUCGGCGAUAUUAAAUCGGUCCCUUGAAGACGGUGUGGGCAUGGAAGACUUGGACCAACUGCAACAAGAUCUCGAAAAAUUACUAUCUACAUGUGCAGUGCGCUCACGUCUGCUGAAGUCUGAGGUCGAAUCGAUAGAUAAAAUAGAAGAACGUCGAAAAACAAAGAAGGGUAAACCCUAUGAGAAACCACAGCCUUUGAAAAGGAAAAGACCAGAUGAGAAAGUGCGUUACAAGGAUGUUAAAAAUGGAAGUCGCAUAAUCAAGUCUCGCCAUACUUUACCCAAAAAUAGUUUUGUUAACGAUUUACCAAUCGAGAAUGAACUACCAAAAAUGACACUGCCCAAAAACGACACCUCUGAUAAGUUUUGGUUGUCUGUAGAGGUAUUUUGUGCGGACGUCGCUAAAGAUGAUGUUGUUUUUCUGGACGAUUUAAUCCGAGAGUGCUCUCAGGAUGUCGACAUUCCGAUUCCGGAGAUAGGUCAGCAUUACUCCAUAGAAUGGUCGGAAGACGUGCUGGGUCAAGAACGUGGGAUCGGCAACAUACAGAGGACUGCUAAAUCAAAACCGACAUUCAGUAGCGAACUGAAAAAGAACGGUCUCAAUGCGAUGGUGGAUACAUUCUCGAGCCCAUUAACGCAGCGUUUGCUAGCGGCACUCAUUGAGGAGAAUGUAGUUACGGGCAAUCCAACAGUGACAGACAAGUUAAAGCCAUCCGACUUUUGUUUGACGAAGACAACGAACGGUCCACGAAAUGACACUUGCAUGGAUAGGCGAUUGAGAAAGGAACUGGUCGAACAGGGUAUACUAGACGUCGAAGACUUGCCGAAGAGUAUUCCGCCCGAUGACGAUAUUUUGGUAGAAAUCAAGAAGUGCAUGCAAGAAUUGAAGACUGUCAAUGAAAAGAAUGUCUCAGAGCUGACGAAGCUGCGAAAAGUGAUCGCUAAGGAUUUGCGGCGACAGGAAGUAAAGGAGGCACUCGAGAAGGUCGAUAAUGAGGCAAUGGACGUGUACAAUAAGAUGCUGUUGGCUAAGCAGAAGCAGAAUCCGCAACUGGAUCCGUUUGGAAAGCUUUCGUGUAAGCAAAGCUUGGGGGUGGAAUAUGAGGAAGAGGCAAAUAAGUUGAUUCAGCAACAAGUUCGAUUACAUAAGGAAUUAACUGAGCUCACUAACGCCACUAUGUUGUUUUAAUUGGACAUAUUUAUUUGUUAAGGAAGCGUGACGAUUUUAUUUCCUGUUUUGCAUCGAUGAAUUUCAUUUAAUCUUUCUUUAUUCCGGCAAAUUAGAUAUUAAAGUACCAUUAAUACAGUGUAUAUACCUUAAUUAAUAAAGAUGAAUGUAUGGGGUCAUACGCAUAUCAGAUAAUGCACGCUUUAUUUGCAUGACUUCAAUGCAGUUGUUUAUUUUUCAA